AAAAAAACAAAACAUCAUGACAGUUGCAAUGCCACAGAAGCCCUUUAAUGAACCAUCAGGAGGAAUAACAUUCAAGUAUCAAGAUGAAUUACCCAGGUUACCUAUUCCUGACCUGGAAUCUACUUUACAAAAAUAUCUUACUGUACUGAAACCACUUCAGACAUCCAGUGAGCAUGAGCAAACAAAAGCCGCAGUUAAGGAUUUCUUGGAGAACGAAGGACCUGAACUUCAAAAGAAGCUACAAACGUAUGCGACAAACAAACAUUCAUAUAUCGAAGAGUUUUGGUAUGACUCGUACCUUCAUUACACCGAUUCCGUCGUUCUCAAUCUGAACCCAUUCUUCUUGCUGGAAGACGAUCCUACGCCUCUUCGUAACGAUCAAAUUGUAAGAGCCUCGUCCCUGAUCUACUCUACCAUCAUUUUUAUCGAAGCACUGCGCAACAAGACACUUGAACCAGACGUUUUCCGUGGAACGCCCUUAUGCAUGUCUCAAUUUAGCCGAUUAUUUGCAACAGCUCGUGUACCUACCGAAAACGGAUGCUAUAUUGCAACUGAAGAAGAUGCUCGCCAUAUCGUGGUCAUGGCACAAAGUCAGUUUUAUCACUUUGAAGUGUUUGAUGCAGAGGGCAAAAUCAUCCUAAGCGAGAAACAGAUCGCAGCCAAUCUGCGUGCUAUCGUCAAGGAUGCUGCGGAGACACCAGCAUCGUCUAUUGCCGAACGAGCCAUGGGAGUCUUGACGACAGAGAAUCGUUUAAAUUGGGCGAGAUUGAGAGACGAGUUACAGUCUGACGAAACCAACGCAGAAGCGCUCAAGGUGGUUGAUCAGGCCUUAUUUAUUGUUUGUUUAGAUCAUGUUGAGCCAGCUGAUACGAAUGAAUUGAGCACAAAUAUGUUGUGUGGUACUUAUAAAUUGGUGGAUGGUAUGCAGGUUGGAACGUGUACCAAUCGAUGGUAUGAUAAACUUCAGAUUAUUGUAUGUAAAAAUGGUAGUGCAGGCAUUAAUUUUGAGCAUACAGGCGUGGAUGGUCAUACUGUGCUUCGUUUUGUAUCCGACAUUUAUACUGAGACAAUCUUACGAUUUGCUAAAACGAUCAACAGCCAAACAAAAUCCAUAUUUCACUCUUACAACACCAAAAAAGAUGGCGAACAGCGUAGAGAGAGUUCAGAUAGUCUGGUGAUCGACAUUAAUCCUAGACGUAUCGAAUGGAAGAUGACAGACACGUUAAGACUGGGCAUCAAGUUUGCAGAGACAAGAAUCAGUGAUUUGAUUCUUCAAAAUGAAGUCAAAGUGCUAGAGUUUAACAAGUAUGGUAAAUACUUUAUUACAGACAUGAAGAUGAGUCCUGAUGCCUUUGUGCAGAUGGCAUUUCAAGCGGCAUAUUAUGGGCUCUAUGGCAAAUGCGAAUGCACCUACGAACCUGCAAUGACCAAGACAUUCUAUCACGGAAGAACAGAAGCCAUUCGUAGCGUGUCAGAUGCAUCUGUUGAUUUUGUGACCACGUAUUAUUCCAAAACUGCACCUGAUCAAGAAAAGUUAAAUAAGCUAAGACAAGCCCUUAAAUACCAUACGAAGUUGACCAAGGAAUGUUCUAUGGGCCUAGGCCAAGACAGGCAUCUGUAUGCACUUGAAUGCGUUUGGGACAGGCUGCAUAAAGAUGAAAAGAAGCCCAAGUUGUUUACAGAUAAAGGGUGGAAGGUUCUGAACCACACUGUCAUCAGUACAUCCAAUUGUGGUAAUCCUGCACUUCGAUUAUUUGGAUUUGGACCUGUUGUCGCUGAUGGAUUUGGCAUCGGUUACAUUAUAAAAGAAGAUGGUAUCGCAUUCGUUGCUUCCUCUAAACAUAGACAGACCCAGCGAUUCUUGGACACUUUGAAGGGCUACUUGCUGGAUAUUCAGAAAUUGUUGUUGAAUGAAAAGUAUCCAAGUGGCAUUUCCUCAAGACAGAGAGUAUUAGAAUUAGAAGAAACAGAAGAACUGAAUGGUGGUUACAGUUACUUUGACAACGGUAACCAUAGUAGCGGUAGUGAAUCAAGUAUAAACAGAAAGAAAAUUGGAAAAAGAUUGAUUUUGCAUGAGACAGAUUAAAUAAAA